AUGCCUAUUAUUUGCCGAGUUUGUGGGGCUGCAGGCGAACACUUGACGGUGCAUUGUCCUGACCGUCAGGAUCCUCGGCCUUGCGACCGCCAAGAUCCUGGGGAAGGAAAGGGGGGCAUCUCCAAGGGGCGCGGCAAGAGGGGAGGAGCCACUGCACGUGGACGCGGCACAGGGCCCAGUCAGGAAGUAUACAAGGAGAUCGUAGCGGAGGCACUGGCCUCAGACGAAAAACCAUGGAUUCGACACAAGUGCUCAGACGGCGAGGCUGCGACACGGAGAUUCAUGCGCAUCAGGCCAUCAGCUGUUGACUGGACAAAGUUUGGAUGGCUCUUUGCCAGGGGUAGCCAGGAAACGACCGUUCAGCAAAAGAAAAACGUUGGGCAACUACAAGCCGAUUGGAAGGAGCUCUCAUCGCGACAUGAUCUAUCAAAGACAGACCUUGCGGAUGGCCUCAAGCAGCUCGCGCUUCGCCACGGCGUUCAUGUGGGAAAGUGGCUCUUCUUUUUGAAGCCAGCUGAUAUGGAUCGCGUCUGGCCGGCACUCGUAUGGGCGCUCAGUAAUGCGGCCCUGGGAGAAGGUGACUGCAUGAAAGUGGGGGGCGGGAAAGAGUACGUGUGCUGCGUCUACGUGAGGAAUUGCUUCGAUGCUGAGCAGGCCGAAAGUCUCCGACGUAGCCUGCAGGACUUGCUCGGGGGCCUCGUGGCAAGAGUGGAGCUUGUCCUGAAGCCAGAUGCUUAUUCUUAUUGCGGGAUCUACAGAGGGAACCCUUGGAAGCUAUCCACAUCCGUGGCUUCCUGCAUGGCUGUGGAGGAAGAGUGUGUCGAAGUACUUCUUCCAAUCCUCCAGGAGGCCAAGAGCCUUCAUCACCUCGGGCGCAGGAUUAUGAUGAUGAUGCAGGGCCUUGUAGAGAAGGACGCAGCUUUCAUCUUGGGUUAUCGGAGCGUUGUGUUCUGCUAUUCCGAGUUCAAGCGCAUGCACAUGGCCAACUUUGGUCUUUUGGCGGAUCUCUGUGUGCACGGGCUGAUUACAGGAACGCGUUUGCUUGAUGAGAUGGAGCAAUGGCUCCUUACCGAUAGUGUCAGGCUGCCUCCGCCUUCGACUUGGGCUUUUGUGCUGCAGAGCCUUGGCAACAUGGCGCAACGGCUGGCUGAUUCACACCCGAGGGUCAGCCGAUCCCUCGACUCAUUCGUGCAGGAUUGCAAGGUUAGCCCACAUUCGCGGCUCAGCAUUCUCAGCCUCAACGUGUCUUCUGACGAGAAGCAGCGAGAACUUCGCACGGCCGUACUCCUGUCAGCUCUCCAACAACUUCGCGAACAACUUGGUCCCGUUGUUUGCUGCUUUCAGGAGGUGACCCGCAAGGUGGCCAUGGACGUCCAGCGUGCGCUUCCCACCUGGGAAUCCUCAGACCCUGGAGAUGGAUCGUCGAUAAAAGGCCAUGGCCUUCUGGUCAUGGCUCCGCCAGAGUUAGAUGCUCGCUUUUCCGACCACCGUCUGCAGUCCAAAGAUUGCAAGCUGGUUGUGGCGGAAUUCCCAGGCCUUGCUGUUGGCAAUGUGCACUUAUCGGGCAGCCCGGAGCUUCGAGAGAGGCAGCUCGCAGAUUGCGCUCAGGUGAUGCAGCAAUGGUCUGACAUGCUCUUGGUGGGUGAUUUCAGCAUGAAUGAAGAUGUUCUACACCGGUGCGUAUUGCAAAACCAGCUGCCAGACUUCACAGACCUUUGGCCUGUGUUGCGAGAUGAGUCUGGCAUCACAGUGCGCUGUCAGAGCAACGGCAAGGGGCAGAAAAGGACGGACCGGGCCCUUGCCAAGCUACCACGGUGGAAGCCGGUGGAUAUGCAGCUGAUGUUUGAUCAGCCGCUUGUGCCGGGACCUUUUUUGCUCGACGUUCUCCCGUCGAUGUACAGCAAUGUCGUGCAUCUCAAGCCUGAGGCGGACACCAAUGCCACCUUCGUAAGUGACCACCUGGGCUUGUUGACAACCAUUGAACAAAACCCAGAUGUGUCGAGAUCACAAGGUAGUUAG